AUGCCACGAUACUAUUGCGAUUAUUGCGACACGUACUUAACUCACGACUCGCCGUCUGUGAGGAAACAGCACAAUGCCGGAUACAAGCACAAGGCCAACGUGCGCACGUACUACCAGCAGUAUGAGGAGGAGCAAACGCAAUCCCUCAUAGACCAGCGAAUCCGCGACCACCUCGGCUCCGUCCCCAUCGGCUCCGGCCUUCCCAUCGGCGCCGCCGCCGCAGCAGCAGCAGCCGGAGGCGGGGCUGCCCCCGGAGGGUUCCCGCAGCAGCUGCUGCGGCCAGGCAUGCCCCCCAUGGGCCUCCCUGGCAUGCCGGGUAUGCCGGGGAUGCCGUUUGGCAUGCCGGGUGGUGCAGGGCGGGGGGCGGUGCUGCCGCUGCCGGGGCAGUUCUUUGGGAUGGCUGGUGUUGGGGGGAGGGGGGUGGAGGGAGGGGAAGGGGGGAAGGGAGGGAAUGGGAGGGGAGGGAGGGGGGGAUGGGAGGUUAGGGUGGGGAGGGAGAGGAAAGAGGGUAGGGAGGGGAUGGCUAGGUGGAAGGGAGGUGGAGGGGGGAUAGGAGGGAGAGUAGCGUGUCCUGUGCUUUAG